AUGUCUGACGCGGGUAAAUCUCCACCAUAUACGUUGGAAAUGCUGGCCUCACUAUAGCUAACCGGCAAUCAGACCCUGCCAUCCUUAAUCUAUCGCCCGACGAGAAGCGCGCCUUCUCCUUCCUCUUCGCACAGGCCGACAAAGACCAGCUGGGUGUGGUCACAGGCGAGAACGCCGUCACCUUCUUCGAGCGUACCAGGGUCUCGCCAAACGUCCUCGGCGAAAUAUGGCAAAUCGCAGACACGGAGAACCGAGGCCUGCUCACGAAGCCCGGCUUCAGUAUGGUGUUGAGGUUGAUAGGACACUACCAGGCUGGGAGGGAGCCGAGCGCAGAACUGGCCUUCAAGCCAGCGCCAAUACCAAAGUUUGAGGGACUGCAAAUACCUGGCAUCGGUGCAAACAUUCCUGCUGGAGGAAGCAAUGUGCCGAGUCCCACGGCUGCUGGCUUCCCUCCCAAUGCGCUCCAGCCCCAACUGUCUGGCCAGGCUCCGAUUCGCGUGCCUCCGCUAGAUCCCGCAAAGGUUCAACAGUAUUCCGGGCUGUUCGAGCGUUCAAGCACACAGAAUGGAUUACUCGAUGGUGCUUCGGCGAAGGCGAUAUUCGAAAGAGCGGGACUACCGAAUGAGGUACUUGGGCGAAUAUGGAAUUUGGCAGACCGAGAGCAAAAAGGCGCCCUUGACCAAACAGAAUUCAUCAUUGCGAUGCAUCUGCUGACAAGCAUGAAGACAAGAGCAAUGUCGGCACUUCCCAACGCGCUGCCUCCUGGCCUAUAUGAUGCGGCCGCUCGGAGAGGCGCGCCUCCAAGUCGACAGGGCACUGGGCCGGCGGUAGUUGCAAGACAAGUCACUGGUACUUCUGCCGGGCCUAUGCCUCGAGCUCAGAGCCCACUUGCACGGCCGCCGGGCUAUGGGACUCCUCCACCUCUGUCUGCGCAGACCAGCGGCACUCCAUGGCUCAUUACACCCACGGACAAAGCCAAGUUUGACCGGCACUUUACCACUAUUGAUCCUCAAGGACGUGGAGUCAUUACUGGCGAACAGGCCGUCUCCUUCUUCUCCGACUCUCGUCUUCCCGAAGAGACUCUUGCUCAGAUUUGGGAUCUUGCGGACAUUAACAGCGAAGGACAGCUUAACAAGGACGAAUUCGCUGUGGCAAUGUACUUGAUCCGCCAGCAACGUGCGCCGAAUCCGCCUCCUCUACCGGCUUUCUUGCCUCCAGCUCUGGUGCCACCCAGCAUGCGAAAACAGACUCAGCAGACACAGUCUACGGCGCCCGCUUUCGACAACGCAAAUAACACAUCAAAUUUGCCAAAGUCAGCGGCAGACGACCUUUUCGGGUUGGACCAACCUUUGCCGCCUCAAGCACAACCCCAAGUUUCUGUUCUGCAGCCACAAGGAACAGGAGCGUCCGCUCCUCGCGAUCCAUUCGCGGGCAGCUCACCUGGUAGUCCCAACAGUCCAGCGCGAUUCCAACCGCCGCAGGGCGGAAGCCACUUCAAGCCAUUCAUGCCCACGUCUGCUUUUGGCGCGAGCUUGGCAUCGCAGAACACAGGCGGUUCGAUGGGCUCCAAUCAAGCCGCUCCUGCUGCCCGCAGCUUUCCACAACAACAACCCCCGUCCGCUUCUGAUGAUCUUUUAGGAGACAACGAGACACACGCCGAGGAGAGCAGUAAAAUCACCAAUGAGACCACCGAGCUGGCCAACAUGAGCAGUCAGAUUGGAAAUCUCCGCUCUCAAAUGGAGCAGACCCAGAGCAAGAAGAGCGCCACUCAAGCCGAUUUAGAUGCCACAAACAACCAAAAACGGGAUCUUGAACAACGCUUACAACAAUUCAGGACACAAUAUGAGCAAGAAGUGCGUACCGUCAAGGAAGUAGAGCAGCAAUUGGCGGCAUCACGCGAGUCCGCGAAGAAACUGAAUCAAGACCUGGCAAUGCUCGAGGGCACAUAUCAAGACCUGCAGACUCAGCACCAGAAUAUUGCACAAGCACUGCAGGCCGAUCAACAGGAGAAUGCCACCUUGAAACAACGCAUUUCGCGAAUCAAUGCGGAAGUUGCGCAGCUGAAACCCGAGAUUGAGAAACUCAAGCUGGAUGCUAGGCAGCAGAAGGGGCUUGUCAGCAUAAACAAGAAGCAGCUGACGACAAAUGAGGGUGAAAGAGAUCGAUUACAGAGCGAGAAGGCCGAUCUUGAACGAGAAGCAAGUGAGCGCUCGGAGCAACCUCAGAGCGUGGAGUCCGUUACCAGUCCUGCACCCACAUCGAACCUGGCCAGUCCAAGUGGCCUAAGCUCGACCAACCCAUUCUUUAGAAAGGCCAGCAACGAAGGACCAGCUGAGCGCUCCACGAGCCCACCGGCUCAAAGCGGAAGCUCGAGCGGCCCAACGCCUAGUGCAUUCGACAAUCUAUUUGGGCCGUCUGCUGCAUUUGCACCCAGCGGACAAGCUGGCAGCCGAACAGGUACACCACCUGCUACCAGCUUCGUUGCUCGGUCAAUGGCAAGUGCCUCAGCGGGGCCGGCGCAUGGCAUGACCGACUCCAUUCAAAGCAUAUCUUCUACUGGAGAACACACUCCAUCUGCUACGCCGCCACUUUCUGACCAGAACAAAGAUAGUCCAGCAAUAGCUGAGCCUCCACCACCACCAGAGAGCCGGCAGUUCACUGCGUCCCAUCUCCCUGUUGUAGAUGUCACCAACAAGGACGGCCAACAAGACAGUGACGCAAGCUCUACUAAAGUAAUACCGCCGGCCAGCAGUAGUGGGUUCGAGAUGCCCAGAGAUACAUCAUCUGUUGCAGGCGGUUCGACAUACCAUCAAGUCCCCACGGAACCAGAUGCUGCAGCGAAAGAGCACGUUCCUGGAGCUUUUCCAAUUGAGCCGUGGCCGCCAGCCUCCAGCACUGGCGAGCAGAGCCUUCCUCAGACCGAGACCGAGACGGGCGAAGCAUCUUCCAAAGAUGAUUUCAACUCGGCGUUUGCCGGCUUCGAUGACGGCGACAAAGCCAAGGAACCGGUGAAUGAGAACAAGGAUCCAUUCGCACCUUCAAGCCGCAAUGUAUUGCAGCCAUCUGGCUCGGAGUUUCCACCCAUUCAAAGCUUAGAGCUUGAGGACGAAUCUGAUAGUGAGGAUGAAGCAGGCAAAGGCUUCGAAGACGAUUUCACUGCCGCUUCUCCACCACGUACUCAGGCAACUAGAGACAUGCCUGGCAGUGCUGCUGCAGGUUCCAUACUUACGGCUGGUCUGCCAGCUGCGGACUCGCAGCGCUCCCCGCCAGCAUACCAGGAUAGCGAGAAACCGUCUCAUGGCGGUAGAGGCGAACGCACUGAGGAGAACCAGUUCCCGCCUGAGUUCGGUGGUUUGCUACCAGCCCGGGAGGAUCCAACAAGCCAUCCGCUACCAGAAGAAGCACCCAUCGGCACGGCAACCGCAAGUACAACUGAGAUAAAUUCGGAAUCUGCAGGUGAAGCUGCGACACCUGCUGCCAGCCACUCAGCGGCGCCCAAGAAUGCCUUUGACGACUUUGACGCUUUUGACAAUUUGGCAGAAGCGAAAGAAGCUGAUAAAAGCGGCACAGAUUUUGACUUCGGCUCCCUAGAGCAGAGCACGGAGUUCAACUCCGCAUUCGACUCGCCUGCGGCUAGCACGACAAACACGAUGACUUCGUCUCAGCAAACUCCUGUGGCUGCAGCAAGGACCUUGCAUCAACCAGACAGCAACGGCUUUGCCAACUUCCAACCCUCAGCUUCGACGAGCAGCGCAUUUGACGGUGGAAGCGGCAGUAUCCAGCAAACGCCCCAGAACGUACAGCAUGAUUGGGAUGCGAUCUUCUCUGGGUUGGAUAACUCGAAGAACCUUGAUACUUCCCUAUCGAACGAUCCAUGGGGCACUGCGCCGACCAAUGGCGGCUCAGCUACAACCUCGCAGACGCUUGCGGCGCCGGCUGCUCCGAAGAAACCGAACUUACCUGAUCGCGGCGGCGCCAUUACGCCGGGUACAGAACACGACGAUCCAAUACUGAAGAGAUUGACUGGAAUGGGAUACCCCAGAGGGCAAGCGUUGGCAGCUUUGGAGGAGUACGACUAUGACAUUAACAGGGUGAGAAUGCAUCCGAUCUGCCGUGAAAAGAAGUAAGCUAACGAAACGCAGGCCGUCGAUCAUUUGACCAGUAAUUGA